AGAAAAAAAAAUCAUAUCAGUAAAACAAAAAAUCAUUUUCAAUCUCUAUUUCACAUAGUAGCGGUUGUUUUGAGUUUCAAAACAAAUUGUCAUCACUCUCACAUUCUGAUCCAAAUCAACUCAACUUUCAUCAAUGGGGGCAGCCAACAGUCGCGAAGGUUUAGACCUUUCAGAUUCUGAUGAUUACGACGAACGCCAUUCUGACCAAGAACAAGAUUAUGAUACUUCCGAAGAACAACUUGAUCAAGAUCCCAAAACCCCAUCAUCGUCUUCCAUAGACGACGUUGAAGCUCGUUUGAAAGCUCUUAAGCUCAAAUACCCUUCUUUAACUCCAACUCUUACUCCUUCUUCUGCCUUACAUCGAAAAAAUGCCGUCAAACUUUACCGGCAUGUUGGUGGUGGCACUUCUGAUUCUAAAUGGAAAACUGCUGAUGCUUGUACUUCGUACUCGUUUGUUAAAUCUAAUGGUGAUGAUGAUGAGGAGGAUGAUGAAGAUGAGGAGAAAGAUGGGUCGUAUUGGGAAUUGCGUGUUGGGUCGAAAAUUAGGGUUAGGGUUUCCACGGAUUUACAAUUGAAGAUGUUUCCAGAACAGUUACGGAUUGAUUUUGUUUGUAAUGGUGUUUGGGCGUUGAAGUUUUUUGAGAAGAAUAAUUAUUAUGAUUUGUUUGUGGCAGAAUUCAAUGAUUGUUUGUUUGAGAAUGUUCAUGGGUUUAAAGCUACUGAAGAGAAUAAGGUUAAAGUUUAUGGGAAAGAUUUUAUUGGGUGGCUUAAUCCUGAAGUUGCUGAUGAUACAAUGUGGGAUGCUGUUGAUGACGAAAAUUUUGGAAAUAAAACCCCUGGUUCUGGGGCAACCUCAUCAAGGUUGAAUCAAGACCUUCUCGAAGAAUUCGAGGAAGUUGCAAAUACAGGGAUUCAGAGUUUGGCAUUGGGUGCUCUUGAUAACAGUUUCCUUGUUGGAAAUGAUGGUAUUCAAGUUGUUAAGAAUUUCAGGCAUGGAAUUCAUGGGAAAGGUGUUUGUGUCAAAUUUGAUCGAAGUGGAUUGAAAAAGACGGAUACUCCGAGUUAUUCGACUCCAAAGAAGGCAAUUUUAAUGAGGGGGGAAACGAAUAUGAUGUUAAUGAGUCCAAAGAUGGAGAAUAAACCACAUGCUCCAGGGCUUCAUCAGUUGGAUAUUGAGACCGGAAAGAUUGUUACCGAAUGGAAGUUUGCGAAAGAUGGCACAGAGAUUUUAAUGAGAGACAUAACUAAUGACAACAAAGGGGCACAAUUGGAUCCCUCUGGCUCGACUUUCUUGGGUUUGGAUGACAACAGGUUGUGUCAAUGGGAUAUGCGUGAACGCCGAGGAAUGGUGCAGAGUCUUGCUGAUUCUAGCUCUCCUGUAUUGCACUGGAAUCAAGGGCAUCAGUUUUCGAGGGGUACGAACUUUCAGUGUUUUGCUUCAACUGGGGAUGGUUCAAUUGUUGUUGGUUCACUUGAUGGCAAGAUAAGAUUGUAUUCUAAGACUUCCAUGAGACAGGCUAAGACUGCUUUCCCUGGUCUCGGUUCCCCGAUCACUCAUGUAGAUGUUACCUAUGAUGGCAAAUGGGUGUUAGGUACUACAGAUACAUAUUUGAUUCUCAUUUGUACCUUGUUUACUGAUAAAGAUGGAAGGACUAAAACAGGAUUCAGUGGUCGUAUGGGUAAUAGAGUAUCAGCUCCUAGAUUGCUAAAGUUAACUCCUGUGGAUGCUCAUACGGCUGGAUCAAAUAACAAAUUCCAUGGUGGCCAGUUUUCAUGGGUUACCGAAGAAGGAAAACAAGAGCGUCAUAUAGUUGUAACAGUUGGAAAAUUUAGCGUUAUAUGGAACUUUGAGCAAGUGAAGAACAGUGCCCAUGAAUGCUAUCGGAAUCAACAGGGUUUAAAGAGCUGCUACUGCUACAAGAUUGUGUUGAAAGACGAGUCAAUAGUGGACAGUCGUUUCAUGCACGAGAAAUUUGCAGUUAGUGACACUCCUGAAGCUCCUCUUGUGGUGGCUACGCCCAUGAAAGUGACUUCAUUCAGCAUAUCAAACAAGCAAUAGCAGUACUACACUGUAACACCAAUCUUCUACGCCAGUAUCCUUGUGCUUACAAAGUGUACAACUGCAUUAGUGGAAACUCGUUUGAUGUGUCUUUUUAGUAACAAAUUUAUGUGGGUUGGAUGUUUGUCGGAGAGGCUUGGAUGCACCCCGAAAUGUCUUGGUUUCUCCUCGUACCGCCUUGCUUUGUGUGGAAAUGUUUGUUUCUGUUAGUUCAUUAAGGAUGUACAAAACAGCAUGAAUGCAGUAUCUUUUCAAGAAGUUGAAGUUGUCUACCUGAGAUUGAUCAAUCUUGUGGUAAAUUGAUUAGUGUAAUCUAGUUUUAUCAUUAAUUGAAUUAGUAAUAGUGAUUAAUGAAUGAUGGUUCAUCAUAUUGCUGUUAAGCUCAUCA